UUUGUGUGAAUUUGAUUGUGUCGAUGAUUUGAGUUGAGUCGCUGGUAUUCGAAGACCUAUUUUCUGUAUCAGAAGUUGUUUAUUUUUUUAAAUAAUAAAUUCGAAUAUAACGAAAUUCACGUUUCAGUUCUUUUAUCGGUAUUAAUAAUUAGCUAAUAGUGACUAGAAGCGAUUCCAAAAAAAACAUUUCCAGUGCCUACGUACUUCCUACAAUGAUUAAUCUUUUGGGGCAAGGUUCUUCUGCAUUUUAUGUAAAUUAGGAGGGUACUGUGUGACGUACCGACCACCGUAUGUUGUCAUCACGUGCCAGUGUAGACGCGAAGGCUCGUUGUGAAGGUUUGUUGGUUCGUCGUUUGCAUACAUAAGUCGUUGGCGUUUCGACGUAAAUAAUAGUCCAGUUCUUUUGCGGUUGCGUCUGAUGGCCUUUUACAUUAGUGAAACUUGGUUAUAAGUUGUGUAGAGAUGGCUCCAAAGCCCCCACCGCCGCCAGGGCCACCUCCUCCUCCUGGACCGCCACCACCGCCUAUUUUUGGUGGUGGUUCAAAAGGGAGUUCGGCUGAUAAUAGAGGUGCCUUGCUAAACUCCAUAAGACAGGGUACGAAGUUGAAAAAAACUGUGACAGUGGACAAAAGUGGACCUUACAUACCAGGAAAAGUUUCUAAUGUGACUAAUAGUGGACCAACAGUGGGGAAUGGAGUCCGAAGUACAACUAUACAGAAUGGUGGAGGAUCUGGCCCUCCAGGGCUGGGAGGACUUUUUGCUGGUGGCAUACCCAAGUUAAGGCCUACAGGAAAAUUAGCUGGUACUACUCCCAACGGCCAAGUGAAGUCAGAUGCGCCUCGGUACCCACCUCCCCAUCAACCCCAGCAACCACCAAAGUUUUCACCCGAGAAGACCAGACCAGGUUAUCCACCUGCGGCCGGCAAUGUCAGUUCUCUAUCGGCGGCGUUGUCAGAAGCACUAGCAGGCCGUGACAGUCGGGAUUCACCGAGGGAAUCACCCCGGGAGCCCCCACGGGAGCCGCCCCCAGCCAGACCGAACGUCAGGCGGCAAGCCAGUGAUAUAAGGGCGAGGGGGCCCCCGCCACAGCCACCCGUGCAGAAGUCACCUAUGCCUUUGAGUCCAUCGGAGCCAGUUCUGACGACGGGCUCCAUAUCGGAGCGCAUCAAUAUCCUGCAACAACAGUCGGAGCAAACACUGCCCAGCCAUGUGGCCAGCACGCUGCACAGGAACAGGAGUGCCUUGCACUCCUCGGGGCAAGGGUCGCUGGGCGGCAGUAUGACGUCGUUAUCGUCAGCCCCUCCGCAAUCCGCGCCGGCGCCCUCGCUCUCCGCCUCGGACCUGUCCGAGCGGCCCCGAGUGAGCCACGGCAAGCCGAACCUCGCGCCGAAACCGCCCGGCAUGGCGCCACCAUCGCCAAGCAUCGAAAAUAAACCCUCGCCGCCGCCGAAGAAACUCCUCAUCAAUGGGAAGGUGGCGUCGCGAACGCAGAGUAUGCGGGUGCCGAGGUCGCCACCAGUGACGCCGGUGUCCCCGCAGUCCCCGGCGGGCGGCGGCGGGCGGCCCGCUCUGCCGCAACUGCCGCCGACGCCUGCACACCCGCCUAUUGGCACUAAGCACCCCGCCUCGCACUUCGGCACCCUGCGAGCGCCGCGCGGGCUGCGCCCCCCGGGCGUGUGCCCGCCGCCGCCCCCCGCGCCCCCUGCACCACCCCCGCCGCCCGCCAGGAACCACUCGCUGACUGCGCCGCCGCCUCCGCCGCCACACCAUAGGCAGAACAGCACGCACAGCGCACACAGCGCGAGUAGCGACGAAGCGGUUGCCCCACCGCCGCCGGUGCGCGGCUCGUCGAUGCGCUCGGCGGACCUGGAGGCGCGGUUCGCGGAGUUAUUCCAGUCGGUGGCGCGGUUCCCGCCGCCCGACCCGUUCCUACGCAUCGCCAAGGACUACAGCAGCGCCACCGUCGCCGUGAGCAAGGCGCAGGCGCCGCUGCCGCCGCUCAAGGUCCCGCUGGAGGGCUGGAGCGGCACCUCGAGCGCCUGCUAGCGAGCGCGGGGGGCGCCGGCCGCCGCCCCCGCCCCCUGCACCGCCCCCGCCCCCGCCCCCUG